CCUGGUGAUCCGCUUGCUGCUUGUCAAACGCACGAUCCUGUUACUGAAGCUGCCUGCUGCAAUGAAAAUAUCACCGUUAGUGGGUGGAUGUACGAGCCCUGGUACCAUCACCUACCGACAGAUGCUGCCCGGGUAAAAGUGGAUGACCAAGCUUCAUCAUGUGCCCCGUGUCUUCAUGAGGAUCCCUGACCUUGGUGAUGUGAUGAAUAAAUUUGAAGUCCUUGGGAUUGUUGGUGAAGGAGCCUAUGGUGUUGUUUUAAAAUGCAGACACAAGGACACCAAUGAAAUAGUUGCCAUUAAGAAAUUCAAAGACAGUGAAGAAAAUGAAGAGGUCAAAGAAACCACCCUGCGGGAGCUCAAGAUGCUCCGCACCCUUAAGCAGGAGAACAUCGUGGAGCUGAAGGAAGCGUUUCGCAGGAGAGGAAAACUCUAUCUGGUCUUUGAGUAUGUGGAGAAGAACAUGCUGGAGCUGCUGGAGGAGCUGCCCAACGGAGUGCCCACUGAGAAAGCACGCAGCUACAUUUACCAGCUCAUCAAAGCAAUUCACUGGUGCCAUAAACACGAUAUCGUUCACAGAGACAUUAAGCCAGAAAACCUUCUCAUCAGCGCAGACGACACGCUCAAAUUAUGCGACUUUGGCUUCGCCCGGAAUCUCUCUGAGGGAACCGACGCCAAUUACACAGAAUAUGUUGCGACUCGAUGGUACCGCUCUCCAGAGCUCCUUCUCGGAGCCCCGUACGGGAAGGCCGUGGACAUGUGGUCAGUGGGCUGCAUCUUAGGAGAGCUGAGUGACGGGCAGCCUUUGUUCCCGGGGGAGAGCGAGAUCGACCAGCUCUUCACCAUCCAGAAAGUGCUGGGACCCCUCCCUCCAGAGCAGAUGAAGCUCUUCUACAACAACCCUCGUUUUCAUGGGCUGAGGUUUCCUGCUGUGAAUCACCCUCAAACCCUGGAGCGCAGGUACCUGGGAAUCAUCGGCGGAGCCCUGCUCGACCUGCUGAAAAGUCUGCUGCUGCUGAACCCAACCGAGCGUUUUCUCACCGAGCAGAGUCUGAACCACCACGCCUUCCAGACCCUGCGAAUGGUGGAGCGCUCAGGCCCCUCCACGCCUACACCUGUGCGCUCCUCCAAGAGGAAGCCUCACCAUGGAGACAACUCCACUCCCAGCAGGAGCCACGGAGGAAAGGGCUCAACUGGCCAUCGUUCCAGCAGCAGAGAGUGCUCCAGCCUUCCCCGGCAGGAAGAGGCCCAUCCUAGCAAUGAGGGGUUUCUCAAUGGAAACAUGCCUGCAGCCAUCAACCUCAGUCCAACGCUGCACCCUAAAAACUACCAACCCCAGAUGUUCAAUCACUCCAUGGACCUGGCCAGCAGCAACCUGCCUCACCUGCUCAGCCCUGGUGACACCAAGGGCAAGGGCGACUUUGAGUUGAGCAAAAGUUCAGAUGGUCCUGGAGCAAAGUACCUCAAGUCCAACUUCCGCUCACAACAGCACCGCCAUUCCUUUGUGGAGGGGAAGACUAACACGCUGCAGUCAGGGGACAAGCACAAUCGACACAGCUACAUGGAGUCCCACAGCAACGCCCCGUCCUCCAAGUUCUCCUACCUGAACUUGUCCAAGAGUUACGGCACACUGAGCGACGCCAAGUCAGUGGGGAACCUGAACGACGUGCAUCUGUACGCCGACGAGCCGACUUCUCGUUACUUCCCCUCGAGCUGCCUUGACCUCACAGCUCCCAGCAGCCCAUUACCCCGCCGCAUAGACAGACUGGGACCUGGCGGAAUUAGCAGAGGGAGUAUGCGCUCAGAGAGGGAGAGCAACACUCUGGACUCAUCCUACAGGCGCUCCUCUGCCCGCCACAAAGCCUCAGAAGAAGCCAAGUCACCAGACUCACUUAACCCAGGGGAAGGUAGUGUGGAAAGGAGCCAUGGUCUCUCUCUAUCUGCACCACAUGACCCUUUAUCUUAUAGUCAGGGGUACACAAGCCCUUUUUCCUCACAGCAGCGACCUCACCGCCACUCCAUGUAUGUGAGGCGGGAUCAUCAGAGGACUCAUGGGCUGGAUGAGGGCCUGAUAGUGGGGCCGGGAAUGACCACGAGAGCCAGCAGCCUGCAGCUCCUGUCUCCACAGUUGCAGCAUCGCACACUGCCUCGCCACAGCUCAUCUAGAGAGGAGGACAUGAGUCGGAACGAACAAGCACCCACUGAGGUCCCCCACAGCAGGCCCCCAAUAAGGGACUCAACAAGGGACAACACCCCAUCUUUUCACACACAGAGGCAAAAAAGCGAGGUUGGCUUAUAUCACGACCAACAAGCAGAAGAUGGCGGCUCUGCCAAAGAGAACCGCAACAUUUACAGCGAGUCCAUGCCCCGGAGGGUGGGCAGCUUCUACAGAGUCCCGUCUCCUCGCCCAGACAACUCCUUCCAUGAUGGCAGGGGUCAGAGUCGAGGAUCUGGAAUGGCAGGAGACGGCAGCAAUAUGUCAAACCAUUCCAAACGUCAGCCGGCAUUUGACCCCUGGACUGGCCCGGACACCGUGGUCUUGAACACCACAGAACCGUCUAAGGAAAAAGAAAAACAGGGUUUUUUUCGAGCAAUAAAGAAGAAGAAGAAGAAAGCUCAGAUGAUGGAAGCCGCUGACGGACGGUCCUCUGUCAUCCAGUCAUGUCUCUUCCCUUUGUAUAACCCCAAGAAUAUCAAAAAUACCCUCUGUGUGAGAGUCCGACCUGUGGUGUCCUCUGGCAGGGUCCCAGCUGAAGGUGUGGAUACGAUCAUCCAGAAGCCAUCUCGAUCCGGUCACCAAAGCAGCCGACACAGGACACGAGACAAGAGCAGAGACCGAGACCAGGAGCGAGACAGGGACAAGGACUGGCCACCGGAGAAACUGGCAGAUUCACACUCACCGAGUCAGCCCCUGAAGUCGCUGCGGAAGCUCCUCCACCUGUCGUCGUCGUCGUCUAACCAGACCGCACCCUCCGACAUGCGCUACCAGCCCCUCCCCUCAGGCUCUGCUCAGGGCGGCUUCCCAGAGAGCCGCGGUCACUCUGGAGUCAGCACACCGCAGUUGAAGAGCAGACAGGCGGCCUACCCGCUGCCCAGCCAGCUGGAGUCUGGCUGGCACUCGACUGCCCUGGGCCGUCCUGAAGGCAACCCUUACCCCGAGCAGAUGAACAUCAAAGGAGGACAGAACGGCCACGGUUUUGGACGCUCCAGGUCCCGUAUGCCAAAUCUGAACGACCUAAAAGAGACUGCUCUGUGAUCUUCAGUCUGCAGAUCUCAGGUCCGCUAACCUCUCUGCUUCCCUUCUGUCGCUUCCACACCUUCUUUGUGUACAACAUCUGUUACACACGCGCACACAAACAGCCAUACACACAUACAGGUGCCAUACCUCCUGAUCAACACUGCUUGCAAACGGGCCUAAAGCCUUCAAAUGUCUUUUUAAAUGUUCCAUGUUUGAUAGAAUUUAUAUUAAAACAACUUCUGUAAUUCUGAUUAUAAUUUUUAUGAUGAAGUAAAUAUUCUAAGUCCUAUAUAUGUAUAUAAUUCAAUAGGUUCAGUGUACAUUCUCAGUGUAUUAUUGUUUUAAUAUCGAAGCGAUAGAUAUAUAGAGAUAUUUACUAGGACAUUUUCUUAAAAUCAAUGACGGCAUUUAAAUCAAAUACUGUAACGUCACCGGAUUAAACAGAGGUAGAGAUGUAACUGCUCUGCCUUUGUCUGAACAAACCAGUCCUCCACCAUUCAGUCUCACCUGUAUACUGCAUCUGACUGGCACUGGAAAUCACAGGCAGUUCCUUUGAUGUCUUUUUCCAGCCAUUUUAGAGGCUUACUUCCCAUAACGGAUCCAGUACCUCCAUCUCCCUCUUUAGGUGAAAUGAAAACACUGCACUUUAACGUUUUUCAAAUUGUGCACUCGAGUAAGACAAUCGCUCACCAUGGGUAAGUUAGCUCACACAAAAGGGUGUGGAGUUAUAGGUGUAUUGUGAAGUGCUAAAAGAAGGUGACAGUGUUUCAUAAAUUAAGAGACAAAAUAAAAAGGUAAAAUAGAUCAAAUCAACUUCUCAGUAAAUGAAAAUUAAGUAUGAUUUUCUUUUAAACCAGCCUCAUUUCCAGAUGAGGCUGACAUUUAAGACAUUUAUUUUGCCAAAAAUAGAAACAUGCUAUGAAGAAAAGGGCAUUCAAUGUCAUCUCGUGUUUGACCUCCUCGCCACUCAAGUAGCGACUUCUGUCUUCACACAAUCUUGUUGUCACCUCAACAACCCCAAGAUGAAUCCAUCUUAAUAUAAGUGCUUUGAAAUUUUUUAACGCAGUUGCCAAUGAACCCUAUUUGUAGUUGGGCUGUAUGAUUGAGGUCAUCCUUUUGCACAUCUUCGAUUUAAGUCAUUUAUGCCUGAAGCUCUUUAAAUAAGUUGCCUUUUAUGAUAUAUAUAUAUAUAUAUAUAUAUAUAUAUAUAUAUAUAUAUAUAUAUAUAUAUAUAUAAUCACCCCAAGUGUUUUGUGGCAGGGAUUUCCUGUCUGUUUUUCUAUUUCGAUAAAGUUAUUUUUUGUGACGUCAAAACACUAAAAUUUUUGUAAAUGGAUGUUUGAAUGAGUUCAAAUCACACCUUCCUUCAUUAUUAUAGACACAGUUACAAAAAAAACAAACACUUUCUGUUAUAGUGUUUAUUUCACAAUUUUGGGCCACUAAGAAAUUUAGAGGGACAAAUGUGACAAAAUCACUUCCAAGGUUCUGCUGCCUGAUACAGUUAUGAGACAUAGACGUUGCUGCACUUUAAAGAGUCAAGUUGCUCUGCAAUACUUAGCUGAUUUGACCACCAUCAGUGCUGAAGAAUUCCUCGGUGGGUCAGUCAUAGGGUUUAAAAACAGUGUGCACCACACGCGAUACUCAUGUCCAUCUCCUUCUAGAACACUGUGUAUUAUAUUAAUACAAAUGUGUUUCCCUCCAAACGUGUUUUAGUAGCAUAGCUCAUGUCAAUCUGCUUUUUCCAACUGAGAACGAAACCCCUCCGCUGAGUGGAUGCUCAACGGUUUUUAGACUAUUCAUGUUUACAUAUGUGACAGUAACUCUUCAAUAAAAGCAAGCAGUUAUUUCAGCUCAAUCACGACCUGUUUGUUCCUACUUUGUCCUAUUCAGAUACGCUGGUGUAUGUAAAAGUAGCUCUGCCCGAGUUGGCCUACACGUAUCGGACAUUUCAACUGUUUGAGUUCGGGAUUAGGGUUGGUAUUUUGGCCAGUUUCAGGUGCACUUGCUCAUGCACAUCAGCAGCUCCAACCUCAAGGCGAUGCGUGUGUGCCAUCCAAGAGGCAGCAGGCGGAUGUAGCGGGCCACGAUAGGCGGGCG